AAUUAAUUAAAAGAAAAACUUUUUUGAGUUCUGAAUUUCCUUUGUAUAAUUAGGGUUUAAUAAGGGUUUUGCAAUCCUAUUCCUCUUUUCCUUUGGCUUUCUUUUUGUUUGGGUAUUUUCUAUUGAAGGCAAGAAGAUGGUGAUGAUGAUGGAGGGAGGCAGCGUUGGGGCUGGGAAAAGGAAGAGAAAUAUGGGUAAAAAGAAAGCUAAAAAGUCCAAGAAUAAGAAACUUAAGAUGUUGGAGGGUAAAGGAAAAAAGUUUAGAGUAAGUAAAAAAAUGAGAAAUAUGUUUGAGAAACGAGCCCGUGACUACAAUUCCGAUGAUGAUGAGGAGGAUGAAAAGGAAAACACGGCGGAAAAGGUAGCCCCAGGUGAUACCUGGAUGGGUGGCGGCGGAGACGGAGAUAAUUCUUCUGAAGAAAGUGAUGGUUCAGAAGAAGAAGAAGGUGAAAUUCAACCUGGGAUUAUGAAGUUUACAGAAGGUGUUAGAGCAUUCAGGUUGGCAUUUAAGAACAUUAUAAAGAGGAAUGUAGCUGAUGAUUCUUUGGGUCCAGUAUUAUCAGGGCAUAAGCAGCUUGUUGCAAAGAAGUUAGCUGAAGAGGAAGCUGAAAGGAAAGUGAAGGGAGAAGCUAAGAAAGAAAAACAUUUGGUUGCUGAGAAAGGGCAUUUGAGGCCUGCUAAUUACUUGGAUUCAAAUGAAAAGUUUCUAAUUGGUAUUGCUACAAAAGGAGUGGUGAAGUUAUUCAAUGCUGUGAACAAAGCACAAAAGGCUCAGAAAGGAUUGGACCCUUCAAGGUCUAAAGAUGCAAAAGUGAUAAGGAAGCGAAGGAAAGAAGCCUUCUUUUCAGAGCUAGGCAAGACAUCAUUGCCAGCACGCGACUCCUCCAGUAAGGGUAAUACAUCAUCUGAUCCUAGGAAUGAUGAAGGACCUGCUUGGGCCCCGUUGCGUGAUAAUUACAUGCUAACAAAUCCUAAGUUGAAGGACUGGGACAAAUUGGCGGACCAAGCAAUUGCUGAUGAUGUUGGAAGGAUGUCUGAAGAUAGUGGUUCAGAUGGGGAUUGAUAUCUCACAUUGGUCAUAGUGCUUUUGCGGCUGUUGUAUAACAACAGAAUUUUUUUUUCUAACAACUUCCCAAUUCUGUGUAACGUUCUAUUUAUUCUUAUAUAUAUAAAUGAAUUCAAACCAGAGGAAUGAUUGCCUUUAUGGAUGCAUGAAAAGGCAAUGUUGGAGCAUAAUUGCCUUUAUGGGUGCAUAAAAAGGCAAUGUUGGAGCAUAGUUUGUUUGUUUGUUUAUUUUUUUGGCUGAUGAUGUGUUCCACCGGGAAGCUAGAGCAACCAAACCAGAAUUCCAAUAUAUUAUAUUUUUUAAUUAUUAAAAAUAAAAACAUGAAAUUUUGUUGCGUAUCAAUGCCAUGCCCACUAAUAAUAACCGCUCCAAAGGUUGUUUGGCACUCAGGACGCAUGAAACAACAUUGUAACAGGGAUGAGGUCAUGCACAUCUAAUUCUGGUGAAGGAGGGGACACAGAUGGGUCUUCUAUCUCUUCAUUCCUUUUUUUUUUUUUUUUCGGUUGUAGAAAUCAGGCUUGUAGAUACUAGACAAUACAAUUCCCUCCUGGAAUUUUCAUUUCCUCCGUUUAAUGAGAAUUAGAACCAGCUUUCCAUUUUUCGGAAUGUUGAGCUUCAUACCUUCCCAAUUGAAUGCAAACUCCUGUUCUCCUUGAACCGUGCGAGAUACUGUUAAGACGGCUCAACGGCGGGGAAAGCAUGUGUUACAAAGUUGGUACUCCAUGAAUUCUUCUUGCUUGUGGUUGUCUGAUAUACUAAAUUCCCAGCAAGCAUUGCCGAAGUUUCAAUGCCAAAUGACAAAUGUUUCAACUUGAUGGCUGUGAGUUACUGCUAAGAUCUUGGUUUUACCGGCAUUCAUGCUAGCCAAAAUUUUACAAAUGACAAAUAACUCAAGGAACUCGUCCCAUUGUAUAGCACCUAGUGCUUAAGGCUUCAGAUAUUCAACAAGCUGGAUUUUCUGGCAACCGAUAUCCUUUUGUUUCUGCUACUCUUUUUGCUAGUAUAGAAACUAGAAAAACUUAAAAGCAGGCAUGGAACCGACAUUCCCACAG